AUGCAGAUCUUUGUCAAGACACUCACCGGAAAGACCAUCACCCUCGAGGUUGAGUCCUCCGACACCAUCGACAAUGUGAAGUCCAAGAUCCAGGACAAGGAGGGCAUCCCUCCCGACCAGCAGCGUCUNUCCUCCGACACCAUCGACAAUGUGAAGUCCAAGAUCCAGGACAAGGAGGGCAUCCCUCCCGACCAGCAGCGUCUUAUCUUUGCUGGUAAGCAGCUGGAGGACGGUCGCACCCUGUCCGACUACAACAUCCAGAAGGAGAGCACCCUGCACUUGGUCCUCCGUCUCCGUGGCGGCCAGUAA